AUAUAAUAUUGCUCUAUUCCAGGACUUUAGAUUUCACUGACCGUUGACUUGCCUUAUUGUUGUAAAUGUGAUUUUUUUUCAAUAAAGUUAAAACAUCCAUGGGUUAAAAUGGUUGACGUCAUCUUUAUGCGUCAGCAUUAUCGCAGCAAGUAGCUCGCUAGCUAACAGCAACAGUAGCUGCGUUGUUUACAAGUAUGGCGUCCUCAAAGAAGGGGAAGAAAGUUGUGAAUCAAGAGGAACUUCGGCGCUUGAUGAGAGAAAAACAAAGACAAUCAACAGACAAGAAGCGCGUGGAGUCUCCUUUUGCUAAAUACAACAGUCUCGGGCACUUGAGCUGCACCCUGUGCAAUGUGCAGGUGAAGUCCGAGCUGCUGUGGCCGGCGCAUGUUCUCGGAAAACAGCACAAAGAGAAAGUUAACGAGCUGAAGGGAGGAAAGAGUCCAGCAGUGGCACCGCAGGUUCAACCACUGAAGAGGAAAGCACCGGACAGCGAGGACGCUAACUUGAAAAAGGUGAAACCGUCCUCAGGCGCAGGCCAGUCUGCGUCAGGACUGCCAGCAGAUUUCAUUGAGAAACCAAGCGAGAGGGGAGCUCCUCAAAAGACUUCAGGUCUGACUUUGUUGGCGGGGGUUUAUGAUGAGGACGACGAUGAUGAAGAUGAUGCUGAGAAGGCAGGGACUCCACCUUCUCAAAAGGCUGAAGCUGCUGCGGGACUCCCCGCUGACUUCUUUGACAGCUCCAUCCCGUCCACACCCGCCAUCUCCCACUCAGGGUCCAUCCUCAAAGCAGAAGUGCAGGAAAAAAGCACAGAAAAGAAAGAAAACACAGCCGAGGCGCUGCCGGAGGGCUUCUUCGACGACCCUGUAAGAGAUGCCAAAGUGCGCAACGUCGACGCACCCAAAGAUCAAAUGGAUAAGGAGUGGGAAGAGUUUCAGAAGGAGAUACGACAGGUGAACACAAAGUCAGAGGCCAUCGUGGCGGAGGACGACGAGGAGGGCCGCCUUGAGCGUCAGAUUGAUGAAAUCGAUGAACAAAUUGAGUGUUACAAGAGGGUUGAAAUGCUAAGAGACAAGCGAGAUGUGGUGAAGAGCAAGUUCCCGCCCAGGAAGGAGGAACACAUGGAGAUAGAUGCCAGCAUUGAGGAGGAGGAGGAUGAAGAAGAGCUGCUGGGGCUUUUGUCCCGGGACUGGAGGGCUAAAGGGGCACUGGCCUAAGUCUCUAGAGCUCAUAUAAAUGUGAAAAAGAAGCCAUGUAUCAGUGUGUUUUUGCUUAAGUUUAUGAGCAAUCCAACAAUUGUAAAUAUGUUUGUUGAAAGCGCUUCUUAAUUUCUUUUUGUAUAUUUCCGACUGGAUUAAAUGUGAUGCAGUUAUA